AUGUCCAAAAAUCUCCUGCGAAGGUCAUUUGAUCAGCUUCCUGAGUUCCCAUCUCCACCAAGGACGUUGACCUCGAAGGGUCGUGUAUUCAAAGUAUGCACCAUCACGACGAUAGCCAUCCUUUUGCUGCAUAUCUUCAUGAGUUUACCACAUCAUAUUGAUGAUCUCCGACCAGAACGAAUUGACGAAAAGCCUGCCUACCUGCAUCUCUUGAUUCCUGCGUCGCAUCCUGAUCAGAACCUUUGCAAAGUAGUCCUCAGUGCUGGAAUUCUGAACUACCCAGCACCACGAUUGCUGAACUGGAAUCAAAAGUUCGACGAUCCGAAUCUUGUGGAAGGAGGAUCACACAUAGCCAAGAUCUCUGGUAUCAAGACUUACCUUGACAGCAUGGACUCGGCUCGGGACUCUGACCUGGUGUUGAUGGUCGACGGAUACGAUAUUUGGUUCCAGCUGCGACCUCAAACAAUACUCGACAGAUAUUUCGAUAUCAAUCGUCGUGCCGACGAACGUGUGCAAAAGGAGCUUGGAAGCAGUGUCGUGAGGGCACACAACAUCCAUCAGCAGAUCGUGUUCUCUUGCCAGAAGCGUUGCUGGCCAUGGUCAGAAGAAGAUCCAGCGUGCUAUGCAGUCCCCGAAUCGUCUUUGCCCAAAGACAUCUACGGGCCAGAAACCGACACGGAUAUUGGGGACGAGAAAAAUCCAUAUAUCAAGUACCGACAAAGGUUCCUCAACUCGGGCGUAGCGAUGGGUACGGUUGGAGCCAUGCGCAAGCUGUUCACCGAAGCGCUGUCCCGGGCGGAACAAGAUCCAAAUUUUGGCAGCGAUCAGAAAAUCUUCUCUCAGCUGUUUGGCGAGCAGGAAGUUGCCCGUGAGGCUCUAAGACAGGAGUCAACACCUCAGUGGAAAAACCUACUUCGGAACGUCUUUAGUGAUGGACGUCUUGGUCGAUACAAGAAGGAACAUCUAGAUGCAGUUGCGGGCAGAGAUCUUGAAUUCGGCCUCGGUGUGGAUUAUGAAAGCUCUAUCGGACUGGCCACAGUGUUUGCUGAAGAUGACACCGAAUGGCUAACAGCCAGUAAUCAGGAACAGCUGGAGCAAGCCAAUUCAAUUCGUGGGAUCGAGGCAUCGAGUAGUAGGCUGAAGAAUAUCCUGAAGGAUGUCGCGCAAACAGUGCCACCCUUUUGGACCUUCGAACAGCGACCCUUGCCACGCGAGCAAUCAUGGUCAGAUGUUUCGCUUUUCACGAAUGUGUGGACGGGUAUCGCUCCAGCAGUGAUCCAUCACAACGCCCAUCGAGACGGCAUGAAAUCGCUCAGAGAAGAAUGGUGGAACCGUGCUUGGUACCAGGAGCACGCUCGCACUCUGUAUAAUAGUCAUCUCAUCGCGCCUUUGGGCCCGCUGGCCGUCUCGGACGGUAGACAAUGGUGGAGCCCGGAGGAUUGGAAAGGCGGCGCGCGUGUCGACCCUCAGGCUGUAACGAAUGAGACUUGGGUGCGAUAUGAAGAGAUGUGCGAUGGCACAGAGGAUGAGGUCUUUAGAGAUGGACUAGGUCCAUGGCGUCUCCCUGAUGAUCAUUGA